GCUGGCUCCUAAUCUGUUUAACUGUGGAGGGAGCAGGAGCACUCGGAGGUGAUUUCUGCCUCAAUGGAGGUCUCUGCUUUAAGGCCACACUGCCCUUUAUGCCGCCGCCGCCGCUUCUCAAGUCCCUUCUCUCUUCCUUCCAUUUUACCUUCUCAGCCUCUGCAACGAAGAAAAAUGCAGUCAUUCCACAUUUCGCUCCGAAAUAGUACUGUGCUUAGAAAUUAUGUACUAUCUAGAGCAGAUUUCUCAUGCUGUCUAAAGGGGACAUCUGCGGGGUUAAAUAAAUACAAUGGUGUGAGGUAUAAGGGUAAUUUUUUGUGCAAGAGUCCAGUUUGCAUUUCAUCUAUGAAAAUUUCAAAUGCAUCAACUAGCACGUUGGAGGAAAUGACAGAGGAGGAAGAGCUGAACUCUUUGCAUUCAUGUGAAACCCAAGUUAGGACAAUGGGCAUGGCUUCUUGCAACAAUGAAUUUUCCACAACCACUUCAGGAAAAAAAUUGUCUGGUGGUGAUUAUAGAGGCUGGACUAUAGCAAAAGAUAAGUUAACUGAAAAUAAAAAGGAAAUGAAUGGCUCAAAUAAAUUUGAGAGUGAAAAUGGCAGUUUUUGUGCAUCUAAUGGAGUUGCUUCCAUUGAUCAGAACCAGGCUGUUCCCAAGAACGGGGAUAGCAAUAUUGUACUGCAGGAUCCUGGUGCACAUGUCCCAUCUUCUGUUAACUAUUCUGUAUUAAACAAUUCAAAGGUGUUAAUGGAUUCUGAAAGGGUGAUUCACCAGCAUAACGGAUCUUCACUGGGGAUUGGUAAAGAGAAAGUCCCAGUAGUCAAUGGUGAUCAUGGUUUGGAUGGAACUGCAAAGGAUUCAACUAAUGUAACACUUACUAAACAGGCACGUGGUACUGACCAAUCAAAGCUCCGGGAUAGGCUUUGUAGUAUCUAUGAUGAUAUUCUGGUUGUUGAUAAUAUUCAUCUUGCAGAGGAAGUUGCUAAGAUGCUUACAACAAAGUACCGGCAUCUUAUUUAUGCAUGUGAUACUGAGGUAGCCAAGAUAGAUGUCAAACAAGAAACUCCUGUAGAUCAUGGGGAGAUAACAUGCUUCAGCAUUUAUUGUGGUCCUGAAGCUGAUUUUGGAGGUGGAAAGUCCUGUAUCUGGGUAGAUGUUCUUGAUGGUGGAGGCAAAGAGAUUUUAGAAAAAUUUGCUGAAUUUUUUAGCGAUUCUUCCAUCAAGAAGGUCUGGCAUAAUUAUAGCUUUGACUGUCAUGUUAUAGAGAAUUAUGGAUUCAAAGUUUCGGGAUUUCAUGCUGAUACAAUGCACAUGGCACGAUUAUGGGAUUCUUCAAGACAUUUGGAUGGGGGUUAUUCUCUUGAAGGACUUACAGGUGACAGAAGGGUCAUGUCUAGGGCUCAGCUGAACCAUGAAAAGGACUUGAUUGGUAAGGUGUCAAUGAAAACUAUAUUUAGUAAGAAAAAAUUGAAAAAGGAUGGAUCUGAGGGUAAAACAAGUAUCAUUGCUCCUGUUGAAGAGCUACAGAGAGAUGAGCGUAUACCUUGGAUAUGUUAUUCUGCCUUAGAUGCUAGCAGCACUUUGAAGCUGUAUGAGAGCCUAAAGAGCCAUCUUUCAGACAUGCCCUGGAAAUUUGAUGGUGUGCCAGUUUAUGGGAAAACCAUGUAUGAUUUCUACAAUGAAUAUUGGCGUCCAUUUGGUGAGCUUCUAGUCAUGAUGGAAUCUGAGGGAAUGCUAGUUGACCGGGCUUAUCUUGAAAGCAUAGAAAAGGUGGCCAAAGCAGAGCAAGAGGUAGCUGUUAAUAGAUUCCGUAAAUGGGCCACUAGGUAUUGUCCUGAUGCCCAGUAUAUGAAUGUGGGAAGUGAUUCGCAGUUGCGCCAGCUGCUUUUUGGUGGCAUUGUGAACAGAAAGGACUCCAAUCAAACGCUUCCAACUGAACGAAUAUUCAAAAUUCCCAAUGUUAAUAAUGUGAUUGAAGAAGGCAAGAAGGCUCCAAAAAGAUUUUGUGAUAUAAAGUUGACGAGCUUAGGUUAUAAUCUGGAGACUGAGAUGUACACAGCAACUGGUUGGCCGUCAGUUAGUGGUGAUGCUUUAAAGGCCCUGGCUGGAAGUAUUUCCGCUGAUUAUGACUUUUUUGAUGAGGAUUGUAACUUGGAUCUCGAUGAUGAAGAUGAAAAUCCUUCUCAAAGUCAAGUUGCACCGGUAAAAAUUGAUAAAUCUGCAUAUGGGACAGCCUAUGCAGCUUUUCCAACAGAGGAAGAAGGGAGAGAAGCUUGCCAUGCAAUUGCUGCUUUAUGUCAAGUCUGUUCAAUCAACUCUUUGAUCUCCAACUUCAUCCUUCCCCUGCAGGGACAUAAUAUAUCAGGAAAAGAUCUCCGUGUUCAUUGUUCCUUAAAUAUCAACACAGAGACAGGACGCUUGUCAGCAAGAAGGCCAAAUCUGCAGAAUCAACCUGCUCUAGAAAAGGAUCGAUACAAAAUCCGUCAAGCAUUCAUUGCUGCACCCAGGAAUUCUCUUAUAGUUGCUGAUUAUGGACAGCUGGAACUUAGGAUUCUGGCACACCUUGCAGACUGUAAGAGCAUGUUGGAAGCUUUUGAAGCUGGUGGAGAUUUCCAUUCAAGGACUGCAAUGAAUAUGUACCCACAUAUUCGUGAAGCAGUUGAAAAAAAGGAAGUGCUUCUUGAGUGGCAUCCUCAGCCUGGUGAAGAUAAACCCCCAGUUCCUCUUUUGAAGGAUGCCUUUGCUUCUGAAAGAAGAAAAGCUAAAAUGCUUAACUUCUCAAUUGCAUAUGGGAAGACUCCUGUGGGGCUUUCCAAGGAUUGGAAGGUUUCUGUGAAAGAAGCUAAGAAAACAGUUGACCUUUGGUACAAUGAUAGAAAAGAGGUUUUGCAAUGGCAAGAGGAGCGUAAAAAGGAAGCUCGCGUGUUACAUUGUGUUUACACAUUGCUAGGGCGAGCUCGACGGUUCCCUUUGAUGGCCCAAGCUAACACCUAUCAGAAAGGUCACAUUGAGCGAGCUGCUAUUAAUACUCCAGUGCAGGGUAGUGCAGCUGAUGUUGCCAUGUGUGCUAUGUUGCAAAUUUCCAAGAAUAAACGGUUGAAGGAGCUUGGGUGGAAGUUACUUCUACAGGUUCAUGAUGAAGUCAUAUUGGAAGGACCAACGGAAUCGGCUGAGGUUGCGAAGUCCAUAGUUAUUGAGUGCAUGUCCAAACCCUUUAACGGCAAGAAUAUUCUUAAAGUUGACCUCUCUGUUGAUGCCAAGUGUGCUCAAAACUGGUACUCUGGGAAAUAGUGGUAGUCCCUUAUACAGCAUGAAAAGCCAUGACAACUGUUUGGAGAUUUUUUCUCAUUCAGAUAUCUUUGGCUGCAUGGUUCCUUUGGUAAUUGCAAUAAAAAAGAUACUGCUACUCUGGUGCCUCUAUUUUCAAGGCAGAAUUGAUAUGCCUUAAAUAUCAUUAUCUGAGGUUGAUUUCUAUAGAGGUUUUUGACAUCCUAGGAAAUUUUCCAGUGUUAUGUUUUGAUAAUAUAUCAAAGCAUAACACGUUUUGCUUUGAAGGAAGAAAAAGGCCAAAACCACUGGCCUCGGCGUUUUACUUGUCUAGUUAGCAGUUUUUUUUUUUUUUUUUGCUUCUAUAUUUUGAAUGUAUACCGGUUUUUCAUGCCUUGCAUCAUGUGCCGGUUUGUUGUUUUUUGUUGAUGCAAACUAUAUCAAUAUUGUAUAUAAAUUAUUAUAAAAAGAAUCUAUCUGCAUUUCUGUUGA